AUGAAUCCAACCGCCAGGCGCGUAGCCUCGCAUCUUCUCCGCAGACCUCGCCUUCCAGCUGCUCCAAGAUGCCAAAAAAGAUGGAACUCAAGCUUUGAACAGCGAGAAUGGUCAACACCCCUAGCCAAACAACUGGCUAGCGUCAUGAAGGUCACCGGUCCCGUCCCAAUUGCGGCAUUCAUGCGCCAAGUCUUGACCUCCCCCGAUGGUGGAUAUUAUACAACACGAGGCGAGGGCGGAGGCGUUUUCGGCAAAAAUGGUGAUUUCGUCACGUCGCCUGAGAUUUCACAAGUUUUUGGAGAGUUGAUUGGUAUUUGGACUGUCGCGGAAUGGAUGGCACAGGGCCGUACCAGAAGUGGUGUUCAAUUGAUGGAGGUUGGUCCAGGAAAGGGUACUUUGAUGGACGAUAUGCUGCGGACAUUCCGAAACUUCAAGAGCUUCUCCUCGAGUGUUGAAGCUAUUUAUCUUGUCGAAGCUAGUGGAACGCUCAGGGAAGUACAGAAGCGACUGCUUUGUGGCGAGGAAGCUGCGAUGGAAGAGACUGAUAUCGGUCACCGGAGUAAAUGCAAGUACUUUGAUGUACCUGUCGUCUGGGUUGAGGAUAUUCGUCUUCUGCCACAUGAGGAAGGCAAGACGCCUUUCAUUUUUGCACAUGAAUUCUUCGAUGCACUUCCAAUUCAUGCAUUUGAAUCAGUCCCUCCAUCUCCAGAGAACCAGCAGACAAAUGAGCCAAGGAAGAUCAUGACCCCCACCGGCCCAGCCGAACUGCACACCCCGCCUAAGGUCGCAAAUACCGCACAGUGGCGCGAGUUGAUGGUCACAUUAAAUCCGAAGGCCGUUGAAGAGAACAUAGCAGGAGAACCCGAGUUCCAAUUGACUAAAGCCAAAGCUUCCACGCCCUCAUCUCUGGUAAUCCCAGAGAUCUCCCAGCGCUACCGAGCACUCAAGUCGCAGGCAGGUUCGACCAUCGAAAUCAGCCCAGAGAGCCGAAUCUAUGCUGCAGACUUUGCACGCCGGAUUGGUGGCGAUUCUGCCUCCGCACUUGCUUCGAAAAAGAAUCCGCCUUCCAACACACCCGCCCCAUCCCAAAAAAAGACACCAUCUGGCGCAGCUCUCAUUAUGGACUAUGGAACAUUGUCAACAAUUCCCAUUAACUCGCUUCGCGGAAUCAAGAGCCACGAGAAGGUGCCCCCGCUUUCAGAGCCAGGCCGGGUGGAUGUCAGCGCGGACGUGGAUUUCACUUCGCUGGCUGAGGCUGCUAUCGAAGGUAGUGAUGGCGUUGAGGUUCACGGUCCUGUUGAGCAGGGUGAUUUCCUAGGAGCUAUGGGUAUUGAGGAGCGCAUGCGCCAGCUCCUCCGUAAAGUGCCAGAUGAUGAGCACAGAAAGACGCUAGAGACUGGCUGGAAGCGUCUUGUGGAGAAGAAUGGCGGGUCCAUGGGUCAGAUCUACAAGGUCAUGGCUAUUCUUCCUGAGAACGGUGGAAAGAGACGGCCUGUUGGAUUUGGAGGUGGCAUCUCAAUGUAA